AUGGAUGGAAAUAAAAAAUUUCGUUCUCGUGCUUUAAUCGUUAAAACUGCACUUCGAUUUAUUACAAAAUCUCGUCGAAAAAGUAUAUUUUCUGGUGAAAGUUUUUCAUCGGACAAUCUUUCAAUAUCAUCAUCACCGCCUCCAUUACAUUCACCAUGCUUAUCAAAAGAGUUUCAUUAUCAUCAAGAAAAAUAUCAAAAGCGCAUUCCGGAUGCUCCAACCAAUGUUCGACUUAUCGUUACUGGUUCAAAUAGCAUCACAGUUACAUACGAUGAACCGCAUAGAUCCAAUGGAGCUAUGGUUAUUAAAUAUAAAAUUGAAUGGUGUAUUAAUGAAAAUUUUGAAGAAAAUUCAUCAUCUGAUAGUCUAAUACAAAAUGAUAUUGUAAAGAAUUGUUUUCUUCGUGAAUAUGUUAUUCGAGAUUUACCUAUUGGACAAAAAUGUUAUGUACGUGUAUCAGCAGGAAAUAUACGUGGAUUUGGUCCAUCAGCAAUUGCCAAUCCACCUUAUUGUGUUCCAUCAAGUUGGCGUGAAUUUUCUAAAACCUCACGUCCGAGUAUAUGUGAUUUACGUUUUGAAGAAAUUCUUAAUAAAAUUCGACCUGAAAAAAUCCUCAAUGAACGUGGAGCAAGUGGUGCAAUUACAUCAACUUCUAAUUAUACAAAUAAUGGAACUAGUGAUGGAAAUGAAUCUCCUGAAAUGCCAGUACCUGCAAAUUCGACAAGAAAUCGUCGUCGAAGUUAUGGAAAUCUUCGACGAAAUCUUCGACAAUUCUUCCAACUUUAUCCUCGUUUAGCUAAAACAAUGAAACGAGGUCUUUAUUUAGUAUCUGUUAUAUUGAAUGGUGAACGAAUAUUAGUAACAAAUGAAGAUGUUUUACCUAUGGUUGAAGUUGAUGAAAAUUAUGGUCAUAAUUUAUUAGGAGAUUUUCAAUGGUUUAUGAAAUUAACAUUUGUUUGGGAUGAUUUAAAAACUUUGCGACCUGAUUUAGAACGAUGUUCAAGUGCAACAACAUUUUAUUUACGUAUGAAACUUGUUCAAGCAGCUAUUGAGCUUCAAACAUUAGAAGAAAUAACUAAUCUUGGUCGUCUUCAUCAUACCUAUAUACGUGAUAAUGAUGGAAAUGUUGCAUUUGUAUUAAUAAAUGAUUUAUCUUCAGAUACACGAACAAAUAUUUGUCCACCAAAUUUAAAAUGGACAUUAAUGGCAAAAUUUUUUGAAACAAUUAAAGAAACUGAAACAAAUAAUUCUUGUCUUCAACAAAUUACUGAUAAACUUCCGGAUAUGAUAGAUUUUUAUCAUGCAUCCAUGCGUCGUCUAGAUCCUGGUUUAUAUGUUGCUUAUUUAAAAAUGCAAAAUAGUGUUGAUUGUGUACGUGUUAUGGUUAAUAGAUAUAUGCCCGGUUCAUUACCCUGUACAAAAAUUCGUUCUAUAGCAAAUGUAUCAAGAGAAGAAUGGGAAUGGUUACAUAAAAGUUCUAUAAUAGAUAAUGAAGAACCGAUAAUAUUACUAUCAGAAGAUCAAUCUAAUGAAACUAGUCUUUCGCGUUUUAAAACACAAUUUGAAGAAGCUGCAAAAGAUUUAUGUCUUAUGCUUAAUCUUCCAGAAACUCAUUUUUCAAAUAGUCGUAUAUAUGAUGCUCAAGUUGUUGAAAUUCGUGAUGAUCUUUCAUUAAUUAUUUUAAUGUCAACUGCUGAUGAAGUUAAUGUUCUUUCAACUCCAUCUUCAACGAAACAACGUUAUUCGAUAACAUCGGAUUGUUUAACACCAUUCAUGUAUUUACCUGUAUAUAUAUUUGAAGUUUUACAACAUUUAAGUAAUAAUUAUCGUUUUAUAUCUCAAUAUAGUCGUGUAUCGAUUUGUUUGGAUUUUGAAUUGAUUUGUGCUCAACAAAGUCAACGUGAAGCAUUUUCAACAAAUGAAUUAGAUGAAUCACGUUAUCGUCUUAAUCAUUUACUAACAUGUCAACAAGAUUUAGAUGAUAUAUGGCGUUCAUCACGAUGGCUUGUUGAUGUUAUUAAUUGUGCAAAAGAUAAAUCUUAUGCUGGUAUAUCAUUAAAAUCUUGGUUAGCAUUUCAAAAACCAUCAAAUGUUCAAUUAAAAAUCACUGCAACUGAUUCAACAUCUGUUAAUUAUGCAUCAGAUUCAGCAUUAGAUACAGUUAAAUUUAGUAAUUCAACAUUAGCAUUACCAUCAACAAUGACAUCAACAUCAUUAUCAUCACCAUUUUUAAAUGAUACAUCAUUAAUGACAAAUUGUGACAGUGGUUUUAUUGAUCAUGAAACAAAUAAUAAUAAUAAUAAUGAUAGAUAUAUGACAAAUCGUACAUCAACAAUAUCAACAACAGAAACAAAUGAUCCAAUUGAAUUAACAAUUUACAUUCCUAUAUUAACAUCAAAUACAUUAAUACCAUUUAAAUUACGAACAAAUAAAUUAACAACAGCAUAUGAAUUAUUACAAUUAGCUAUGAAACAACAAUAUGUAUUAUUAAAAUCAAUUUCAUCAUUAACAUCAUCAACAUCAUUAGUUUUUGUUUGGGUACGAUCAAAUAAUCGUGAACAAAUUAUUGAAGAUAAUUUAAUAGCGGGAGAAAUUGAAAAACGUUUAAUACGUUAUGGUGGACAAAUUCAUAUACGUUCAAGAGGUUUAUCAUCAUCACGUUCUUCUCAGCCAUUAAAUAAACUAUCAUCAGGAGUACGUCUAUCACCAACAACACCUUCUUCAUCGAAUACGAAUGCUUCCAAUAAUAAUAAUAGUUCAAAUGGACCUGGAUCAAAUUUAAGUUUGAAUAUUUAA